AUGAAAAACCUUUCCAAAGGACUCAAUGAAACCAAGUCAUCUCAUUUGGUGUUGAAGAGAAAAAGAGAUGCCAAUACAAAUCAAUUGGCUUACAACAAAGCCUCUGAGUCCAGUAGUUCUGAUGAUGAAAGUGUUGAGGCAGUUGAAGAGCCUUCUUCAAGCUCAGAGACUUCAGAAUGCGAGGUGGAUUCCCAAUGCGAAGAAGAGUUAUCUUGCGAUGAAGAAGCAAACACACUCACCAAAGAGCUUGUCCUUAAAGUACAUGAGGGAAAGAAACGAAUGUCUUCUAUCAUUGAGGAUUUGCAAAAACGAAUUUCCAACGGUCAACUGGUUGAGCAGUCCAAGAGCUACAUCAGAAUGAUGAGCAACGAAUCAAAGAGAAGACCAAAACAUAGAGAAACGAGGGAAGUUGUUAAGGAGCCUUUAGAUAUUUACCCAUUAAAACAGACCACAAACAGUACAAAGAGGGGAAGCGGGAAAGAACAAGCUUCUGCAGACUCUUCCUCUCUUGAAAUCACUCUCUCUCAUAUUGGAGUUACUCUGAACACAAUAGUAACAGAAUUGAAGCACUUGCGAAAUCAACUUCAGAAAUGA